CAUGCCCUCCUCCUUUUCUACCAAUUUCAUGCACAUCCCUCUCUCUGUCUCUUUAUUAUCAAAAGAAAAAACUAUCUUUGUUGUGUAUCAAGAAGAUGAAGAAACCAGGAUUUGUCUUCCUUUUGGCUGUCAUAAUCCUCUGUGUCUCACUCGUUUCUUCUGAAAUGAAAUUAGGUUUGGAGGACUACAACUUUCCAGUGGAUCCAUCUCCGACAGCAAAACAUUCGAUCGAACCAGGUCCUAUCGAGCAUGGAAACCCUUCGAAUCCUUAUAUUCCGAAGCCUCGUUCCUCUCCUCCUCCACAACCUCAAGACGGUGGUUAAAACCAAAUCUUAUCUGCUUCAGUAACUCCUUGUACUAACUUUCUUGUCUCGUACGCUAUGUUAAUUAGUUUCCUUAUUUGUCAUCUAAAUGGACUUGUUAUUGGUGUUCUUUGGGAUUCUAAUUGACAAAAUUUGAAAAUA